AUAACUCUUAUCAAUUGUUUAUUUUCUGUUUAUUAAAAUUGAUACUCUUUUCAAAUUCGUGUAAUAUAUUUAAUUUGUAUAAACUAAGUAAUAAAUCUUUUUAAAACAAAUAACCAUCAUGGGAAGACGUUCGAUCAAUACCACUAAAAGUGGUAAAUACAUGAAUCCCACUGAUCAAGCAAGUAAGUUGAUAAUUUUUCUAAGUAAAAUCAAGAACUAAUUAAUUACCUAUAUUAUGAAAAUUAUAAUGUAUUUUAAACAAAAUAAUAGGAAAAGAAGCCAGAAAAAAAGAAUUGAAGAAAAAUAAAAAACAGCGUAUGAUUGUGAGAACUGCUGUUCUUAAAGGAAAAGAUCCACUACAAAUACUUGCUGAAAUGGAAAAAAUUGAUCAAAUGGGUAAAGUAAAAAUUAUAUACCUAUCUCCUUAUACCAUGUUAAUCCAUCUAUUCUUAGGUCUUUUUCUUUGUGACUUUCACUCCAAUUCUACUCUGACUGAAGCAGUCAGAGAAUUUGAGAAAACACUUCGUUCUCUCCAAUUCUCUUUCUGUGGCCUAACCAUUGUAUUCUUUGGCCCUUAACAAAGUUUGUUACUAAUUCUAAUUCCAAAAUAUCAUACAACUCUCUGUAGUACCUCCUUUGCUAGUUUCCUGUUGUUCCAUCCAUGACAUUCAGUAUAAUUAAUAUUAUUAAUUGGUUAUUUAAAUUGUUAAGUUAAUAGCUUAAUAUGUAGGUACUUGGUACAUUAAAUUUGUGUAUAAAAUCAUUCAUUGAUAAUAAAUGUUAAGUACUUUUCAAUUCUGGGUAAUAGGUAAUUUUAGUAUUGACUAUGAAAAAUGUCUCUGUAUGAAGAUUAUUGUAAAUGUGUAAUAUUUUAUUUGGUAUUCAAUAUUUAAUUUUAAGUAUGUACAAUUUAAUUUUUUCAUUGUUAUUUUUCAUUUAAAAAUGUAAAAUAAACCUUAGGUUGAACACUAAAAAAGGAAAAAAAAAUUGUUUUUGAAAGUAAUUAUUGCUUCAUUUUGAACAGAUUAUUUAAGACAAAAAGUAUUAAAACUAUUAAAAAAUAUAUAUUGUGUUUGUAGUUAUUAAUUAGAAUGUAAACAUUUAACAUAUAAAUCUCAUACAGUAAAAAUUAUUUUCUCUGAUUGAAACUUUAUAUUAAAAUAUUAGAUUAAUUGUAUUUAUUUAAUUAUUAAUAAAGUUAUAAUUGCUUUCAUGUUAAUGUUUAUAUAUAUAUAUAUUAUAAAACCUUGUAAACAUUAGAUCAGAAGAAAGAUGUUUUACAUUUUAUUGUUAAGCGCUUAACUUAAAUAGGCAGGCAUUAAAUAUUUUGUUUACACAAAACAUUGUAUCCCUAGUUAAGGGGACAUCUAACCUAAGUUAAUCUAACAGAUUAAAAUAUAUUUAAGAACUUCUAAGUUGGUUUCAUUAACUUGACUGUAGUGCUAAAAAAAACUUAAAAAGUUGUACCUAGAAAAAAUAUUCAUAGAACUGUUUAUUUUAUAAUUUUUUUUGUCAAACUGAUUAUAUUGUACUUGAAAAAAUGUUAUUUUAAAUUUUAAAUGUAUUGAAAAAAACAGCAAAUAAAGAAUUUAAAAACUGUUCCAAAGAUAUUUAGUAUAACUUAUCGUGUUUAUUUUGGCAUGAAAGUCAAGUUUAUACUAUCUGGACAUAUUACUGAAAGAUUAUAAUAUAUUUUAUAUAUUGUCUGUUUGAUAGACAGAGACAAUAAAAUCAGGUCUGUCGUCCUCUUGACAGUUAAGGCUAUCUAUUGGAUCACAGAUACAUUGAAAAAAAUGUAUUAAUUUAUGUGAACUAUCAUGAUACAAUUAUUUAAAGUUUGUAGUGAAAUAAAUACAAAUGUUGUUCAAUAAUAAUUACCUUUCAAUAUAGUAUGUUUAAAAAUCUAUUAUAGUUUUUUGUCCGAACAAUAUGAAAUGAUAUUCUUUCAGUUCAAUACAGAUGUUCAACUUAAUGAAACUGUUAAAACUGCUUUAUUUACAACUUUAAAAAUAUAUUACAUGUCAUAAUCAAGUGUAAAAAAAAAAAAAAUUAUUUUUUUAUUGUAUUAUUUUUAUUUGGUACUAAAAUUAACAAAUUAAUUAAUUUGGAUAAAAUAAAAUACCUUUAUAAUUAUCUCCAAAUUUUUGAAGAUGAAUGAAAUAAGUACUUGACUCACAUGCUGCUUACUAUAUUUUUAAAUUAUAAAAACAUACUUUAGUUUAAUAUUGGAUUUAACACUGUAUUCACUAUAUUAUUUCGAAUCUAGAAUACAAUGUUGUACAGCCUUCCCCUUUAAAUGAAAAAGUCUUGAGGGAAAAAAGAAGGAAACUAAAAGAAACAUUUGACCGGGUCAUGAAAAUGUAUGUAAGUAUUUUGUAUUAUUUUAAAUUUAAAUUAACCUGUAUAUUGAAUUGAUUGUAUUAAUUAUUUAUUAAGAAUUAUAAUUUAACAUUAAUUAAACUGUUCAAAAAUGUAAAUAAUUUUUAGGUAAAAGAUGAGCUUGAUAAAUAUCAUGAAAUUAAACGAGCUGAAUCUGAAUAUGAAAAACGUCGUUUUAAGUUGAUUUCAUAUUUCGAUGCUGUAAAAACUGCUCAGCAAGUAUCAGUUGAUGAAAUUCCAUUACCUGUUAUGACCUCAAAUAUUCCACUACCAGCUUCUGAUAUCGGCUAUAAUUCAAAUGAAUUACCAAUAGGAAUAUUAAAAAAACCAUUAUAUACGUUAGUAAUUGUUUUUAUAAUAUGUUUGUUAUUAUAGCUUUCUUUUCAUAAACAAAUAAAUUACAAAUAACUUGUUAUUUUUAGUAGUCCACCAAUGUCACCAAUAUCUGGUACUAAAAAACGACCACCUGGCGUACCCCCAGGUAUACCACCUAUACUAACAGACGAAGAAAAAGAUGACGAUGAUUAUGAUGAUGAUUCUAGUGAUGGUGAAACGGGUUAGUUUAUAAUAAAAUGAAUAAUCUUUUUUUAAAUAUAUUACUUAAGUAUUACUUUCACUUCAGCUCCAAAACGAUCGCGCAUAUUACGUUUCGCUGAAACAGAAGAUUCUGGUAAAGAAAAUAAAACAACUGAUGAUAUAGAAAUGUUUAUGAGAGAAGUGAGCUUAAUAACCAAAUAACACUAACUAACUCAAUUCUGUGCAUCCUGUAAUAACUCAAACGUUCAAUUUAUUUUCAGAUUGAUGAAGUUCAAAAAAGAAGUUCCUUGGGAAAACAUGACGAUUCCAAUGAAAUCCCAUUGCCAUUACCAGCUCCUUCAGGACAUUUACCUCCUGGAUUACCACCAAGUAUAUUAUAUAUUUAGAAAUAUUAUUCAUGGAUUUUUAGGGUUUAGAUUUAUAUCCAAUAAUAAAUUAUAAAAUAUUAAUUUGGUUUAUUAAAAAUAUAUACUAAAAUAUACCAAAAACCGAAUUACCACCUAAUCUAAACAUUUAGAAUACAAAAAGAUUUUUAUAAAGUUUUAUUUUCUACUAAAGUAUUUAAAUUGAAAGUAUUUUCUAGGUACUCUAAAUAAUUAAAUAUGUUUAGAUACUCCAUAAAAUAUGAUUAAUCAACAUAUAAUAGUUAAAAUCAAACGCGUGUACAAUAGGAAGAUUUAAGAAUUUAACCCUUUUAAUAGAGGAAGAUAAAUACAAUUCUAGUUUAUUUUAAAUUUUAUUACUAGAAAAUAGGUAUAUAAUAUUGUCAUUUCUAAUUCGUUGCAGUUUUCCUGCUUUUAGAAAAAUAUAACUGAUGCAACAAUAUUGCAUGGUCUGUAUUAUUAUCUCAAUAUUAUGAAUUACAUUAUCAUUUAUGCUGUAUUCAUUAAAAAAAAUUUUAAAUGUAAAAUUUAAUAAUAGGUUCCUAAUAGGCUAAAAAGCUCUCCUAGGAUAAUGGGGACGUGUGCAGCCACUGUUAUAGGUAAUUUAAUGAAUAUCUGUAAUCAACGAUUAACCAUUGCUAACGAAAAAAUGAUUUUGAAUGGAGUUCGGUUGAUAGUAUUGCUUUGUCAACAAUAUAUAUUUCAUAUUAGGGUAAAAUAAUUACAUAUGCGUUAUGUAUUUUCUUUAAUACUAUUUAUUUAAUAUUGUAACUAUUUUCUCAUUUUUUCUACUUUUAUGCUAUUUAUUGGGAAAAAUUUUGAGAAAAUCUAAAAAUGAUCUCCCUAAAGCACCUCCCCAGUCAGGUUUUCUUUCAGAAAAAGUACUAUCAUUGUGAAUUAAAACAAAAUUGCUGGUAUAAAAGUUGUUCACAGAAAAAAAUAAAUAAAUAAUCCUACAGUUAAAAAACUUUGUAAAUUUUUUUGUUAUACGAGUAUGAAAGUUUACAACCUUAAACCCUCCUUGAAAAAUUUAUUUUGUAAAAGUACCUAGUCAUUAUACAAAAACUUAUUUUAAACACUAUUGCAAAUAUAUUAUAUUAAACAAUUACAUAAUAUUUUUAAUUUUCAAAAAUAAUGAUCUUCUUAGACCUUAAUAUAUUUUAUAUUUACUAAAACUGUUAUGUAAAAUCAUAUUAUAUAAUUUUCAAACCUACAUUUUCUAACUUCCCCCAAAGUUAAAUGUAAGGAAAUCUUCAUCUGGAUUAUUGCAUAUUAUAAUUUCAAAUAAAUUUUUUAAAUUUUUCUUUUAACUUUUCUGCAGUUAAUCUUUUGUGUUUACUAAAUUUACCAUUAAACAUACACUUUUUUGCGUUUUUGCAAACCUAACCCUAACCUAUUCAAACUAUAUAAUAAUAUGCUAAAAAUAAAAAAAUCAUCACUGUUUAUUUCACUAUGAUUUGAUUAUUGAACAUUACUGAUGAAAACCAGUAAUCAGAAAUUGUAAAAAAUUCAUACCAAUGUAUAUUAAUCCUAGUCCUAUUUAUUAACAUAAGUAUAAUUUUUUUUUAUAUAAUUACUUUUAUACUUGAAGAUUUACCAGUUGGUGUUCCUCCUCCUAUGCCAUAUCGUGGACCUGCUGGUCGAAUGCCUCCAGGCCCCCCACCCGGUCGACCACCAAUGUUGCCUCCUGGGCCACCACCUGGUUUACCACCACGUAUGCAUGUACGAUUACCUCCUGGACCACCACCUGGUAUGCCACCAAGAAUGAUGAGAUAUAACUCUGGUAUACAUAACAAUAUGAAUAAUGCUGCUGCUGCUGCCGCCGCCGCCGCCGCAGCAGCUGCAGCUGCUGCUGCUGCUGUUGCUACUGCAACACCAAAUAUUGUCAGUGCUGAACCUCAACUUAUUAAUCGCGAUGAAUCCCAACAAAUUAGUUCAACAAUUGAGGCAAAACCAAAAAUUAGGUAUAUGUUUAGUUGUUUAAUAAUAUUAUUAAUUACUGAUAGGAAUCAUGUUAAUCUAUUACAGAAAUCUUGCGGCCGAUAUUACACGAUUCUUGCCAACGUCAAUCAGAGUAAAAAGAGAUGAUGGUAAAUCAAAUAAACGUGAUAAUGCAUGGGAACAGCAUAAAGCAGCAGAAUAUAAAUCUAAUAUUGCUGCCAGUAAUCAACAAGCCGGACAACAGACAAAAGAUGAUGCCUAUAUGCAAUUUAUGCAAGAAAUGGAAGGAUUGCUUUAAAUCUAUUGAGUAUUUAUAUUAUAUAUAUAUAUAUUUUUUUUUUUUUUUUUUUCAUCAUUGAAGUAAUCUGUGUAAUAAUAUUAAAACUAGUGCAUUUUUAUGUUUAGAUAUUCAUUUUUUUCCCGUUUUUCAUUUAUAUUUUCACAAAAUAACUCUUUUUGAAUAUUAAUUUGAAUAGUUAAUGUUUUUAUAAGCACAUGCUAAGUAAUAAUGUGCUUUUAAUAUAGUACCUACCAACAUUUAGUUUUAAUUUAUAAUAGGUUUUUAUAGUUUUACUUAAAUUUAUUGAACAAAUUGUAACUUGUCUAAUAUUUUAUGUUAACUAUUACCCGAACCUUUUUUGGUAGAUAACAGAAAAAAUUUGUUGGUAAAAUAUCAUAUUAUAUUAGCGUAAUACAUCCAAGUUUAUUAAAUUAUUUGUGAGCAAAUUCAAAUAGUAUAUAAUUUUUAAAUAAACUGAGUAGAAUGUACUUACAAUCAAAAUACAAAGAAAAUUAAAUACAUUUUAUUUAGUUAACAUUAAAAUAAAUGGUGUGAUAACUUAUACCAAGCAAUAAUGAACACUGACUGUUCCAUUAAAAGUAUCUGUUGUUGACAGAUUGAAAUACAUGGAAAUAUUUAGCCAAGACCUUUUUAUCCAUUGAGGGUUUCACUGUAUUUAUAUUCUCAUUAUUUAUAAAAUAAUGUUAUAGUAUGAAGACCCUAUAAUAAAAUAAGCAACUUUAGUCACAAGUUUCCACAAGGCACUCAUUAUCCCAGAAUGUGUUUAUUUUAUUAAGAAUUUUCUUUUUAAAAAUUUAAGAUACACACAUCUCAACACUAAUGUUCUCAUUCUUUUAAUUUUUUUUUGGUUGUAAAAUCUACUACUAACUUUUGACUUAAAAUGAUAAUUCGUAGUGAAAAAUAAAAUAUUAUACUCAUUAAUUUUUAACAAUUUGUAAAAUAUUUAACAGUUAUUUAUUAAUCAUAUGACACACUAUUAUAACAUAAUUUUAGUAAAAUUAACAAUAAUAAUACAAAUAAAAUGCUUCAUAUGCAUUAAAUAUUAACAUUGAAAUUACACAUUUUAAACUCAAUAAUAAACAUAUUGAUAAAUAUUAAACUAAGUUGUUAUAUUCCGAAUACAUAUUUUAAAAUUAUUUAUUGUUUAUAGCUUUAUAGAUAUUAAAUUAGUGUAUAUGAAGUUCAAUCAAAGAAGGGGAGGAGUAAUUUAAACAUUUUAAUAAGUCUCAAAAUAUCGCAGAGAUCCAACCUAGGAGCUCUCAAAAAAACUAACGGUCAUAUGUCAUAAUAAGAAUAAUUAUACUGAUAUUUUAAAUUAUAUUUGAGUUUUAUACAAGUAAAAAACAACAACAAAGAAUAUUUUUUCUUUUAAAUUAUAUUAAAAAUUCCUUUUUUUCAUUCAUAAAUCAAUCUUACUAAGACUUCAACAUUAAUAUCUUGAUACAUAUUUGAUAAAAAUUCAUUUACACCACUGCUCAAGUAAAAAGCAAACAAUAUAGCUUUGGUCUUUAAUUGCUACAAUAAAUACACUCAUAAGUGAUGGUUAUUAUUGAUUCAGGAAAAUUUAACACGGUCCAGAGUGAAACUAAUAGAUUAUUAAAUUCCUGAAAAAUAUUGAUUAAUUUUAAUAAUUGUUGAAUUCAAAAUAUUAUGGAACAUAUUUUUAGAUUAAUUUCAUUACAAUAACUUUAAAUAAAUUUUUAACACAUUUUUAUAAAAUAAUUAAAAUCUGAAAAUAUUUUAGGUAUCAAAAACCAAGUUUUAAUAAUGUUAAAUUUGUUUUUUUAAAUAUAUUAGAGUUAACACACAAAUUCAAUUUAUUUUCUAAUUUCCAUAGGAAUAUUGUAUAAAUUAAAACUAUGGUUAAAUUAUAAUAGAAAAAUAAAAUCUUACUCUUACAUGUUAAUUGAAUAUUUCUCACUUAUUCAAUGCAUAAAGUCUAUUAUUAUUAAAAUAGUUUGCUUUAUUUUUUCUUGAUUUAAUUCUAUAAUAUACUAUUUAAUUUUUAAAAAUAACUCAAAGCAACAUAACUAUGCAAUAGACAUAUUAAUUUUUAAGCCAAUGCACUUUCCAAAACUAUGUUUUUAGUAGUACUAGCAUUCUCCAUCUGAAAAAUAAUAAAUAUAAUAUAAUAUUAUAAUCUUUUUUAUUAAAAUACUUUCAUAAUUCUUACAGUUAACGUUGAUCUAAAUGCCAAUUAAAAUAGAUAGACAGUGAUGUAUUUUGCUUCUUAUUGUCCAACAAUUACGCACAAGAUUCUCCAGUGUUGAAUUAAAAAACAAUUUUGUAUAAUAUACAUUUAUUUGGUUUAAAUAAAUUAAAUAAAUUAAUUUCUGACUUAUUUGCUUGGUCUUGACCUACAACAUGUGAUGCAAAUUCAAUCUAAAAUCAUGCCUUUCUAACUUAAAGUUUAAGUAGUAUGAACAGUAUGGUAUUGAGCUCAAUUAUAUCAAUUUGUAAUAAUUGGUCUGCAAAACUACUUUAAUAAUAAUAGGAUAUAAGGUUAGUUAAUAAUUAUUAGAUAAAAU